UUUUUUUACAGUUGGGAAGGAUUUAAAAUUAUUUAAAUCUGUGUGGGAGUACGGUUCACGGGGUACUCGGGUUGGAGCCGGAACGUCCCUCUUAGGGAUUGCUUUGUUUAGUUCAUCAUCCUAUAAAUUACUGUGCCUGUCCCCUUAAAACUCCACAACAAUUCUCUCUAUGCCUACUUGUGGGGUUUGGAAAUAAGAAGUUUAGUUUCCUGCUAAGAGUUCAGUUUCCAUGGCGGGGGCAGGAAAAGUAAUGGGUUUAUGUUGGUGGGCUCUCAAAAUUGCUGUUGUUUUGAUGGUGGGUUUGGGAUUGGAGGGCUCACAAUGUGCAGAGUUCAAUGAUUUCUUCUACCCCAGUUGGGCAGAGGAUCAUGUCAUGUAUGAGGGGCAAACGCUCAAGCUUAGGCUUGACAAUACCUCUGGUGCAGGAUUUGCUUCCAAGAGCACAUAUCUAUUUGGGAAGGCAUAUGUGCAGAUCAAACUUGUUCCUGGGGACUCUGCUGGCACUGUCACUGCCUUCUAUAUGUCUUCACAAGGUGACCAGCAUGAUGAGUUUGACUUCGAAUUCUUGGGCAACAAGUCUGGAGAGCCAUACAUCGUGCAGACCAAUGUUUACUCCAAAGGAGUGGGCAACAGAGAACAGAGGCUCUACUUGUGGUUCGACCCAACACAAGAUUUCCAUUCAUAUUCCUUUCUGUGGAAUCGCCACCAAGUUGUGUUCAUGGUGGAUGAUGUGCCAGUGAGAGUAUUCAAGAACAAGGAGAAUGAAACAGGAGUGGCAUAUCCACAGAGGCAGGCAAUGGGGGUAUUUUCUUCCAUAUGGAAUGCAGAUGACUGGGCUACACAGGGGGGACUGGUGAAAACUGAGUGGAGCCAUGCCCCCUUCAUUGCUACUUACAGGAAUUUCAGCAUUGAUGCCUGUGAGUACAGAGGCCCACCCUCCAUAAGUGACUGUUCAACCUCUUCAUCGUUGUGGUGGGACCGGCCUGCUUAUGCUUCUCUGGAUGGGAAACAGAGGGUGAAGCUGAGAUGGGUUCAGAACAAAUACAUGAUUUAUGACUACUGCAGGGAUUCCACUAGGUUCUCCACGCCUCAGCCAGAGUGUGCACAAAGAGUAUAAUUACACCCCUUUUUCUUGUAGAGGGGUAACAUUUUUUUUUGUAUAAAAGGGUUUCUCUGCCUCUCGCUCCACAGGCGUUGAAAUCUUUCCUGAUAUAUGUUUUCCUUCUGCAAAAUUUUGUUCUGAUAUGAUUCUGAUUCUACCAUGGAGCAUUUUGUUUAAUUCCAACUAAAUUUAAACAAAGGGACCAGACAGGAAUGAAUAGAAUCAAUACUUUCAGUC